AUGAGAGUGCGCCAACCUUUGUCGUUUCAAUAAUUUCUUCCGAGAAAUGAGAUGGAUUACAAUAAAUUCGGGAUUUCCAACACUACGACAACAAGAUGACAGACAAUUUAUUCGGUUAUGGCGGGGACUUACCUCCUCUAGAUGAGGGACCCGAUGAGGAGGAUGAUGGAGAGUUUUAUGAUACUGUUAACGAUGACACCUUUGGAACAGGAGCAGAAGGUGGAGAUUGGGUGGAUACUCAUGAGCGUAUGGCAGGAGAGUUCCAGUUUGGUACCAGCAGUACACCAAGGGCACAAGGACAAGUGAGGCAGCAGGAUAACAUGGUACCCUUCUUUGAGGAAGAGGACUUGGAGAAGAGUAUCACUAAGCUAGUUCUGGAUGAGGAAGAAUCAUACUAUGAUCCAGCAAGCAGAAAGGCUUCCAAGUCUAAGCCCAUUUCCAUCAAGGGUGGCGGGGAGUCCAGCAUCAGUCAGCUGUUUGGUCCAAAGUCUCCGCCUUCGCUCUUUGACACCUCGGACUUCAUGUCUCCGACCCGCAACAUCUGGGGCUCCCCGGAGGUGCAUCAGACCGUGGAGAUGCCCCAGAAACCUGCAGUCUCUGCCACCGAGGAGCGCCUGAAAGCCAUGCUCCAUAUUGGACAGAGUUCCCUAGGAAAGCCUGCAGAGGAUGGCUGGGAGGAUCCAGCUAUUGUCCGAGCAGUCAGCGAUUCCCAGCCUGUCAAAAAAAAGGUCAUGUCCCUCGCUGAACUGGAGCAGGAGCUCAUAACGGGACGCAAGCCGAUGCCCAGCAAGGCCCUACCCGCCCGGUCCGUCUCUCCGGAGAUCGGCUCCCCGCCCGUCGUCAUUCCACUGCCGAUCGGCACACCCCCAAGAGGUUCCAUGAUGCACCAUGCUAGACUCCCACAUCAUGCGGCAGAGCAACAGAAACAUCAGCAGUUACCUCAGCACAUACAAGCUACGCCACAAUCAACACCUCCACCGAUACAACAAAAGACUCCUGUUGUAGGGCAGUCUCCUCUCGUUCCAAUCCACCCCCAACAGCUGCAGCAGCUCACCCGCCAAAUACACCAGUCCAUCGGAGGGAGGGUAUCCCCAACCCAGAUCAGCCAGCUCAUCGUACGCCUCCAUGCCAUCGGUGGGCGCAUCUCCCCAAACAGCAUCCGUACGGCUGUCUUCACCUCCAUCCCCCCUCCCCCACGCCCCCAGGGUGCCAACGCGGCAGGGUCGCCGGCCUUCCCGGGGAACCAGAGGAUGCCGUUCAAUGCAGGGUCACCGCGGAUGCCGUACUCCUCGUCUCCACGGGGGAUGCUGAUGGGGUCGGGCAUGGGUUCAAGUCCUGGAGCUAACACCCCUCCCAUGCAUAUGGGGGCUGGUAGAGGGGGGCGAUUCCCGAGAGCAAUGUAUGGCCUUACCCCUAUGAAUCCAAGGAUUCCACCUGUGCACUCUAGACCAGACCAAGCCGGGAUGAACAGACGCUACCCCUACAGCCCACAGCAGAGGAGCCCUUAUCCAAACAUGGGGAAGUAUGACCGCGACGGACCGCGAGCCCAGCGUCAGAUCCGCUUCCCACGAGGCGGGGGCGGGGAUAACCAGUACCAUCGUCGUGGAAACCGAGGUGAUUAUGACGAGUACUCGUGCCUGAUGUCGCAGAAGGAGAAGGAAUGGGUGAUUAAGAUACAGAUGCUGCAGCUGACCUCCAACAAUCCCGCUGUGGAUGACUUCUAUUACCAGAACUACAUGGCCAGGAAAGCAGCCAAAGAGAAGGAUAGAGAGGAGAGUGGAAAGAACAAUCAACAAGGGAAUAAGAAGAAACUUGUGCUACGCCCUCUAGAGAACCGCGCCUACCAACCAGCUCAAUUUGAAGGUGCCCUGGGCAAGCUGACAUCAGCUAGUGUGAACAACCCUCGUCAGAUCAUUGAUAUACACAUUGAAAAUGCACCUGAAGAAGAAGAGGGAGGAAAGGCUAAGGACCAUGGUCGUCGACGUCGAACGCUCCUGGCCAUCGAGCGCCUGUUCAGCCUUGUCAUGGAGGGAGAGGACGUAGAUAUGCUUGUCAGAGGUUUACCUGAAUCAGACCGUGGGCCUCUCCUAGAGAAGAGGAAGGGGCUGGUGAUGAAGCUGUGUGCCACGCUCAAAGGAGAAAAAGGCGACGGACUCAGAGAAAGGACGGCCAGUACCUUGUUCCAUCAGAUCCUUGGCAUUCGUAAGGGGCGUAAGUUAGUGAGCCGCAUCAUACCCCUUCUGGGCAAGGAGGAAGCCUUCCCCCUCGUGGAGACCUUCUUGGCUAACCUGACCUACAUCUUCAAACAGGAAGCCAAAGACCUCAAGAAAGAUGCCAUCGAGAGCCAGAAGGGAAGGCUUGAUGAAACAUUCCCCCAGCUCUAUCUGCCGCUAUGUCAGGUAAUCCAGGAGAGUGAGCUCAUUGACCUGAUCUCCCUGGUCGGUGACCUUGAAUCCCAGAUACCGACGACCCCGUCUGCUACCCAACCCAAGGGCUCAUCCAUCAUCUCUGGUGCUAUGCAAAACAAGCUUGGGGUGUCAAUUAUCAUGUGUAUGUUAAACCGUGCUGAGGAGGUGUAUACAGCUGAGGAAACACCAGCUUUUCACACAAAGUGGAUGGAAUGUGUACAUUUAUUUGCACAAGCAAUCUGCGUAGUUAGUGACACAGCCAUUGCCAGACCUCUAGGGAAAUUCCCUCUUGUUCUCGACCAUUUCUCACGCUUUGUAAGCAAGCAACCUCUCAAUGCAUUAGAGAAGAGAUUAAGAAAUUUAAUCGACAAUGAAGAAUAACUUCUUCUAUAUUAAUCAUGGUAUGUGAUGUUGUCUUCAAGUGUCAAGCCAACAAGCCAACAAGGAGGUAAAAUCAAGCCAAGUAUGCUGCUCAGAUGCUCCGAUCAAGCGUCCACUUGGAACAUGAACAUAAGCCAGGAAAGCCAGCCAGCAAACCUGAAACCUGAUGUUGGAAGACAGCCACUCUCCAAUGUUCAUGUGCGGUUAUCCAGUGUUUCAGCGAUUAGAGAAAAGCAAGUCUGCAACUAAAUGUAUACAGCCUAAAACAACCAAGCCCAUACUUAGCAAAAAUUUGGUCAAUUCUCUAUUAUUCUCUUUAUUUAUUAGUAGAAUGUGGCCUUGGUAGACACACUCUCUUUUAUAGCCAACAAGCCAACUAGCAAGCAGGGUAGACUGCCUUAACUAGCCAAAUGUGCUCUUAUUAAAGCCAUUUGGGCAAAGAAGCCCCCCCCCCCC